AUGAGCAGCGACAGCGACAAUAGCGCAAACGAUUUUGUUGGGAAACGUAAAUCACCACCAGUGGAUUCUCAGGAAAUCCAAAACUCAGCAAAACGCCCAAACGAUUCUGUUGGGAAGCGUAAAUCACCACCCGUGGAUUCUCAGGAAAUCCAAAACUCAGCAAAACGCCCAAGAGUAGAACCUAUGGAUACCAUUAAGAUGGAGAAGAACAUGUUUGGUCUUGAUCCGAGCGAUGAAUUCAUUAAAGAGAUUUCCGAUUGGAUUUGGUUAAAGACCAAGAAUUGCAAGCAUAAAGUUGAGGUGGAGGCCAAAGUUGGACGAUUUUUAGAUCAAAGUGCGCAGAGAGCAGGAUUGCCUGUCGCAGUAGAGACCAUUCUCUCUAAUACAGACGGUUUAAAGUUUGAGUCGAAUAUGACAGAGGCUCAACAUAAGCAUUACAAUGGAAUUCUCAAUAAACGCGCAUCGCAACUAAAUCAAAACUUGCGUAGUAAAAUAGACUGUGUCCACAAUAAAGAGAUAGACUCAUUUCAUUCGUCCGGUCGUGGCUCAGGUAAGGUUCGUGUAACUAGAGAUCAGGGCAAGACGGAUAUCAAAGAAAUGAUUGAAAAGGUGCGCGUAGCAGAUUUGGCUAUUUACUCACCCAAGAGGCUCUUCGAUUGGAGGUUAAGCAUAAACAUGGAAGUGCCGCAUAACGACCUGCCGAAACAAGACCCUUAUUAUCAACGGAAAAAAGAUAGAAUGAGCUACACACAGCAGGAGAUGCAAGUCGACCUAACGCAAGUAUUUGCGAGGCCCGGUGAACCACCGACGCACGAGCUCGAGCUUGAGAUACGUAGGCCUAAAUUUCUCAUGGAAGAAGGCAAAAAACGCGAGCGAGGAUUACCAAACAUGUGUAAGCUCUAUCGCACGCGUUUGUAA